CCCGCCACCCCCGCCCGCAGGGCGGUCUAGGCCAGGUGGGCUGGAAGGAGCCGAGGUAACCAGAAGCGGCCAGUGGUGGCUGCCGGAGGCUCCUCUUCCACUGCACGCAGAGCUCGCGAAGCGCGUGCAGAGAGAGGGAGCCAGCGGCAGGGCCAGCUGCGUUCUGAACUCGGGCACAGCUGUCUGAAUCUCUGCGAGCACGCUCCCGCCGCCCUCAGCCCGAAGUCGGCCACCAUGGAGGCGCAGGCACAAGGUUUGUUGGAGGCGGAACCAUUGCAAGGAAGAGAUGAAGAUGCAGUAGCCAGUGCUGACUUCUCUAGCAUGCUCUCUGAGGAGGAAAAGCAAGAGUUAAAGGCAGAAUUAGUUCAGCUAGAAGAUGAAAUUACAACAUUACGACAAGUUUUAUCAGCAAAAGAAAGGCAUCUGGUUGAGAUAAAACAAAAACUCGGCAUGAACCUGAUGAACGAAUUAAAACAGAACUUCAGCAAAAGCUGGCAUGACAUGCAGACUACUACUGCCUACAAGAAGACACAUGAAACCCUGAGUCACGCAGGGCAGAAGGCCACCGCGGCAUUCAGCAAUGUCGGAACAGCCAUCAGCAAGAAGUUUGGAGACAUGAGCUACUCCAUUCGCCAUUCCAUAAGUAUGCCUGCUAUGAGGAAUUCUCCUACUUUCAAAUCAUUUGAGGAGAGGGUUGAGACAACUGUCACAAGUCUUAAGACGAAAGUAGGCGGGACGAACCACAGCGGAGGCAGCUUUGAAGAGGUACUCAGCUCCACGGCCCACGCCAGCGCGCAGAGCUCCGCGAGCGGCCCCCGGCGGGCGGAGGAGGAACUGCAGUGCUAGGGCUGCCAGCCUGCCCCCGCCUGCAGAGGCCCGUAACCCCCGUGCACACUGGAUAUGAAGACCAAAAUCCCACUGAGAAAACGCAGGCCUUGACCUUCAAAUGGGCUCUCCACAAAGUUUAAUAAAAUGAUUUCCAUUUGUAUUUGUGUCUAUAAUGGACCACUUGACCACACGCUUCGGUAUUUACAGAAUAUUUGUAUCUUUCAAAAUGUCCUGAUUUGAGCAGGUACACACUUGGUCAUGACCCUUCUCUGUGUAAUUCAAGCAUAUUUUCCAGACAUGAGCUAUUUGUUAUUUGCUUUGAUUUUUUGCUUGGAUGCUGUUACCACGUGCAUGUCUUGGAAGGCUGAGUGAGCACCCCUUCAGUUCAGUCAGUCCUCUGGAGUUGGUCUGUCUCCAGCAAUGGGAUGGCCCUUGGAAAUUUCAUCAAACUGCUUGUGGUCCCCCUCACCUACAUCAAUUACAUAUG